AUGAGCAAUCGAGAUCUGUCUUCACGUAGAGAUUACGAGCGAAGGGCUCAUUCCUCUCGUUAUCGAGAAGACGAUUCAACACAUCAGGGAAACUAUUCGAAAUCUCGGUCACCCAAACGGCGCAAAAGAUCUCGUUCACGCACUCCGGAACGUUCCCAUUCCGCUCAAAAGUAUGUUAAGCCGGACUGUAGCAACUUGAAGCGAGAAAAUGUCACCCCUGCAAGCCCCGAGCGAAAACCUUCCAAGAUGGACCUUUCUAGUCCGGGCACCAGUUAUUCAGCGCAACAUUCGAUCAAACCCGAAACGUCGGGGCAAAGUCGGUGCCGUCGUUCAAACUCAACUUCACCACAACGUACCCAGGAAGAAACCAAUUUAGUCAACUUCACCUUUCUUGAUCACAAAAGUGCCCUGAAUCGAGUUCUGCUUGGUUACUGCAGUCGAGACCAACUUGUAACCGAUCCCAAUGAUUUUUGGCUGUUUCUGAACAAGUACGAAACCCUUUUGAAGCGAUCAGGACAAUGUAUUCUUCCGGCACCAGUGGAUCCAACUGCUUCGCGUACGGAUAUUGAUCCAAGUCCGAAUCAAUACGAUAAGGCAUUCUGCUCAGCGUUGAAGAUUUCGGUGCCAUUUGCAGAGCUGUACAGUCGACUACAGCACUAUAACCAAAGCGGAAAGAUAACUGAGCUAAAGUUGAAGCAGUUUCUACAGAUUGUAGUACACUAUUUGGAUUUCAGGCAGAAGGAACGGUUCAACAAAUUACGAAAGCUUCGAAAUGCUCAGGCAAAUCUACCGGUAGCCAAGCAUCGAGAUGAAAUCGUAGCGGCUGUAAAGAACGAAUCGAUCGUUAUACUAGCUGGUGAUACGGGUUGCGGUAAGUCUACCCAGGUGCCGCAGUAUCUGUUUCACGCUGGGUUCGAUAAGAUUGCGUGUACUCAGCCUCGACGGAUUGCAUGCAUAUCGCUUGCCAAACGUGUUGCCCACGAAAUGCUGUGCGAAUAUGGGACACAAGUUGGAUAUCAGAUUCGCUUCGAAAGAAGUAAAAGUUCGCAGACGAAUAUACUGUUCAUUACGGAAGGUCUAUUGCUACGACAACUUUCUACGGAAGAAAAUCUCUCUCAGUAUUCGGUUAUAAUUCUGGACGAAGUUCACGAAAGACAUCUACAUGGAGAUUUCUUGCUCGGAAUUACGAAAUGCUUGAUAAGGGGUAGGCCAGACAUAAAACUAGUCCUGAUGUCAGCUACGAUCAACAUCAAACUCUUCGGUGACUAUUUCGCCGAAGAGAAAGCUCAAAUCAUCGAGGUACCUGGACGGCUGUUUCCUAUCAAGUUGCAUUACAUGCCACAAAUUCAGGAUGUUCCUACCACCAGCAGUGGAAAAAGCAAACAGAAAACAAGUGAUCGCAUCAGUCCGGAACCAUACAUUCAGAUCUUGCAGAUGAUCGACCAAAAGUAUCCACCAACGGAAAAGGGUGACGUCCUGGUUUUUCUCAGUGGUCUAAACGAGAUUACGUCGAUAGUAGACGCUGUCAAAGAGUACGCUGAGAAGAACAAAAACUGGAUCAUCCUUCCGUUGCAUAGUACCCUUUCGAUCGCCGAACAGGACAAAGUGUUCGACUACGCACCGGACGGAAUGCGAAAGUGUAUCGUAUCGACGAAUAUCGCAGAAACAUCGGUGACUAUCGAUGGAAUACGGUUCGUCAUCGAUUCGGGCAAGGUGAAGGAAAUGAGCUACGAUGCUACUACGAAAAUGCAAAGGCUGAAAGAGUUUUGGAUUUCCAAGGCUUCGGCGGAGCAACGCAAAGGUAGAGCAGGUCGAACGGGUCCCGGUAUUUGCUAUCGAUUGUAUGCGGAAAAACAGUUCUCCGAUUUUGAAUCGUACACUACGGCAGAGAUAUUGAAGGUACCGCUAGAAUCGCUGUUGCUGCAGAUGAUUUCGAUGGGACUGCCGAAUGCUCGAAUGUUUCCGUUCGUCGAAGCACCACCGGCCGAAAAUAUCGAAAAUGCCAUCAUGAAUUUGAAGCAUCAUGAGGCACUAAUGGCGGACGAAAAGCUAACUCCACUGGGAAAAGCAUUGGCGAAAAUUCCAGUGGAUAUCGGUAUCGGAAAGAUGUUGCUGAUGGGAUGUGUAUUUCAACAACUGCAACCGGUGUUGACUCUAGCUGCGACGUUGAGUGUUCAGUCACCGUUUACAAACCGUGCCUAUCGGGAGCCAGAAUGCGAGCGCGCUCGUAAAUCAUUUGAAUCGGAUCACGGCGAUCCAGUCAUGCUUCUGAACGCCUACAAGGAAUGGUUGGAGCUGAAGCAAAAUCGCUUCGAAUACAGAAGAAACGAACAGCAUGAAAGUUCCAAAAGUUGGUGCCGCAGACGUGGCCUCGAGGAGCAGCGGUUCUAUGAAAUCACCAAGCUGAGGCGUCAAUUUCAAGAUUUGCUGCAAGAUUGCGGUCUGAUGGAGAGCGGAAACACGGACAGUAUGACCAGCGCUGAGCGGGCUAUCCGUCACGGAGAGCUAAAGCAGCUGAAGGAACUGAGAAAAGAACAUCGCAUGGAGGCGCCCAGGAAGCGGAAACUGUUGAAAUCGGAUCCUUGGGGGCUUGAACAGGGCGAGGAAGAUGAUGGAAAAGUUGACAUCAGGGAUGUGGAAUUUCGGUUGAGCCACGAUUCGUCGAAAAUCCAGGACUUGGUGUCCGGAGCUACCGCUUGCAGUUAUCGGGAUUUGAUGACAUUGAAACUGAUUCUGGUUAGUGGAUUGUAUCCACAGGUUGCCAUUGCAGAUGAUUACAACUAUUGCAAGAGUCCCACCGAGCAAUUUUUCCAUACACAAACCAAACCUUACGUUUCGCUUCAUCCAAUGGGCUAUUUUGGCAACAAUACCGAUGUUCUUCAACUGCGGGAUGAUGAUAUUGUAGAUAAGACUGGAUUGUACAAGUCGCGACAACCGUUAAGCUCCAGGCAUCAAAUUCUCUGUUAUCUAACGCUAUUGGAAACGAACAAAACUUAUUUGAUGAAUACAUUGCGAAUGCCAGCAGCUCAAACUCUGCUACUCUUUGCACAUACAAUCGACACCAAUCUAACGUUUUCUCGGUUGAUUUGCGACUCUUGGUUAUGCCUCGAUUUCCCGUCUCCUGAAAGCGGUCAAACUUUGCUGUUCAAAGCUUCAAGUUUGAGACGUCUCUGGAACAAAAUGUUGGCAGAGAAGUUGAAAGUCCUAAAUCAUACAGCCGAUGAGGAACUAACUAGAAGCGAACGUGAAAAAUCGAUUGAACAGAUGAACUAUGAAUUGUGGCAUGAUCUAGCACAGUUUAUGAAUACUGAGGUAUGCUACACUUUGAAACGACUACUUCCUGCUGACGUUAAAACCAUGUACAAAGGACCAUCAGCUGAGCACAACUUGGAAGUCGAUCCUAAUCCGUUUACAGAAGAAUUCUUACCGGUCGUAAAUGAUACGAAAGGGGGACUGCAUAUUACGGAGAAUAUUCUUUAUGGAUGUGUCAAUGAAACUGAUUGGAGUAUGCAAAUGUUCGACGAUAUCGUGUCCAACGAUUGGGAAUGUACUACUUGUAGUUGUACGUAUAAUUUGACCGGGCUUCAAAAAUUGCAACAUAAAAUAGUUUGCAAAGAGAAUCCAUCGGAAGAACCGUCCCCGGCUGAGACUCCGUCGACUAGCAGCAGACAUAAACCCGGAUCAAAGCAAUUCGAAUGCCCUGUUUGUGGGAACACUCUCCAUUUGUCAUCGAUAGAAAUUCUCAAACACAAAAAAUCUUGCUCCAAAACAGUCAAGGAAGAGGUUGAGUAAACCGUUCCAAUAUUUAUUGCUAUCUGUCUACCACAAUAAAAUGCAUUUGAAUCACA